AUGCAGCGCACACCACCACUCAAUCUUCCAUCACGACCGUCCUUGGCCGUAAAUGUCUAUACGACUCUCCCCGAUGCAAGCAAGGCCGGCCUCCCUCCUAAACCUCCGAUCACCCCAAACAGCCCGACAUCAACCAAGUUCAGCAUUCCUCGACUAGUGCUAACGCCUUCGCCUUCGCCUGAGUCUAAAUCUAAGAAAACUCAUCGUGGCCAAAAGCGCACUUACUCCUACUCUAGUGACGCCAUUAUCGUUCCUUUGCCAGCUACUCCAAUCCCAGAUAGGGCCAGAAACUCAUAUCUCAACGGUCACAAGUACGAUGAAACCAAUCGACACGAACAUAUGGAAUAUCCCGUUAAAGUUCGUCGAACGAGUCUCACUGCCACGAGUGUGCAUACAAACAACUCAAAUCACCGCCACCAGCCGGGUGUUAAACCCAUUCAUCACGAGGCCAGAUACAUAAGCAAGUUAGAGGAAGAACAGCUCAAGCUUCGACUAAUCCACAAUAAACUGCUUGGUGGCGCGACGACUCUCACGGUUCGAGAACAAGACUAUCUACGCCGUCAGAUGAACAGUGAUACUAUGAGGAUCUCACCUCUAGUUAUGCACCUCAUCAUCCAGCAGGUUGCCAACAAGACACACGAACUAUCAAAUGAGAUCAUGAAUUGGUCGCAAAAAAGACACGAGAGUCAGCUUCUCGAAGACGUGCUUACGGAUCGGCUGUACAACUUUGACGUUGAGGCGGCAUUUGAUGAAGGACUUAUGAGCCCUCGUGAAGUGUCUGACCUAGUGGACUGCCAGAUUAUGCUGGAAUAUAUCCGCAUGGGGCAACCACAAGAGAUUAAAGCUGAAUGUGACGACAUCCGUACCGAUUCAGAUGAGGAUGAGAGCGAUACUGGUUCGCAAGAGAUGGAUUUCAGUGACGAUAGCGAUUAA